AUGCCGUGCCGGAGGGAGGAGGAAGAGGAAGCCGGCGAGGAGGAGGAGGAGGAGGAGGAGAGCUUCCUACUGCUGGAACAGUCGGUGACUGUGGGCGGCUCGGUUGAGGUGGACCGGCUGGUGGCCCAAAUUGGCGAGACGCUGCAGCUGGACGCGGCGCAGGACCGCCCUGCCUCCGCGUGCGCGCCCCCGGGGCCGCCACUGCAGCCCCCGCGGCCCCCGGCAGCGGUGCGAGCGGACAAGGCCCGGUCCCCAGCGCAGCCGCUGCUUCUACCGGCCGCGUCGGUCGAGGCUGGGGGCCCGGCGUCCCCGGGGGCCUUGCGCUGUGCCCUCGGGGACCGCGGCCGCUUGCGGGGCCGCGCUGCGCCCUACUUUGUGGCUGAGCUCGCCGCUGGAGCCAGCGCGUUACCCGGGCCGUGCCGGCGAGGAUGGCUGCGGGGCGCUGUCACCUCCCGCCGCUUGCAACAGCGACGAUGGCCCCCAGCUGGGGCGCGCGCCAACGACGACGACCCGCACCGGCUUCUGCAGCAGUUGGUGCUCUCGGGGAACCUCAUCAAGGAGGCCGUGCGGAGGCUCCAGCGAGCAGUCGCCGCGGUGGCAGCCACAGGCCCCGCGGGUGCCCCCGGACCGGGGGCCAGCCGCGGCCGACCGGACCCUGUCUCCCUUCAACCCUCCGGCGGCUUGCACUGA